GAAUCCCAAUGGCCAAUCCAUAAUUAUCGACAAAACGGGCCGAAUAGAGUCAUAGACCUUUUUCAACAUACACAAUCUCAGUCGGAAAGGAAUCAAUGGCGCGGAAAGAGGCGGUGGCGACUGCCGACGGCGGACCGCCGGAGGUAACUCUGGAUACAUCGAUGGGUCCCUUCACUGUUGAAAUGUACUACCACCAUGCGCCUAGGACCUGCGAGAAUUUCAUAAAGCUCGCUCGUAAAGGCUACUACAACAACGUCAAAUUCCACAGAAUCAUCAAGGAUUUCAUUGUGCAAGGAGGUGAUCCUACCGGAACUGGAAGGGGUGGCGAGUCCAUCUAUGGCAAGCACUUUGAUGACGAGAUACAUAGGGAGUUGAAGCAUACAGGUGCUGGUAUCUUAUCCAUGGCAAAUGCUGGUCCAAAUACUAAUGGAAGCCAGUUUUUUAUAACUUUGGCUCCGGCUCCUUCUCUGGAUGGAAAGCAUACGAUAUUUGGUAGAGUAUGCAGGGGAAUGGAAAUAAUCAAGAGGCUUGGCAGCGUUCAGACUGAUAACACCGAUCGGCCUAUUCAUGAUGUAAAGAUACUUCGCGCGAAUGUUAAGGAAUGAAUAGCUCUUUAUUGAAUCAAGUGUCAAAUGAUGUGCUGCUCCAGUUUUACAUGACUAGUUAACUGUUGAUGUCCAGAUAAGUUUCACGAGGGACUUACUUUUCAAGCCUUGAGUUUCCCAGUCUGGCCUCUGAUUGGUGUGUUAAUACUUGAUAACACAUUGGGAAAACACUCGUGUGGUUGAGAUUUGAGAUCCUAUUUAUUAACUAGAGAAAUCCGCAUCGUGCAGCUGCUGAUGCGUCUACUGCCAAUUUUCUGAUAGAACAAACAUUUACUCAUUUACUGUAUGCUUUGAGGUGGGAUCAGUGGGAAUGGAAUCGAUGUCUCUUAUCUUA